GCUGUCUGAAGCUCUUUCUUUCACAACUUGUUCGACAUGGCGUCUGCAAUCCAAGACAUUGACAGAUAUCCAUGCAGAAAUUGUGGCAGACAGUUUGUUCCAGAGUCUUUGGCAGUACAUGAGCGGAUCUGUGCCAAGAGUGGUCAGAAGAAAAGGAAAGUGUUUGAUUCUACAAAACAGAGGGUUCAAGGCACUGACCUCAACUUACGCCAAGUAAAACUGUCACAGAAGAAGGAUGUGCCACCUCCCCGAUCCAACUGGCGUGCUCAGCAUGACGAUUUCCUGAAGACAGUGAAAGCUGCUAGAGGAGUGACUAUUGCUAUGAAAGAGGGAAGGCCAUUGCCACCACCUCCCCCACCAUCUAUCAACCCUGAUUAUGUGCAAUGUCCUCACUGCCAACGUCGUUUCAAUGCUAAAGCUGCUGAGCGUCACAUUCCAUUCUGUAAAGAAAAGAGUCAGCGUAUCAACCGGGCUCAACCAAGUGCUGCAGCCCAAGCUAAGCAGGCUGCUCGGUCACAGUACCAAGCUCCUCGUCCUAAAGUGAAAGGCAGUCCUAGUGGGUUAUCCUCUGGUGUUGCUCCUGGAGUGCAGUCCAAAGUCCUCAGUUCAGCUGCAUCCAAACCUGGCAGCCGAGGUGUUGGAAGGUCUGUUGCAAGCAAGGGACGAACUAACCAGGGAGGGUGGUAAGCUUUCUAAGAAGACGAUGCCUGUCCACAUCAUGAAGAACCAGAAUUCUGUUCUAUGAAACCUGUUGUUUUGUAUAUAUAUAUCCUGAUGCCUUGAUAGGUUUAUAUCUAAUGAAUAUUAUCAGCCUUAAAUAGCAUAAUUCCUUCAAAUACUUCUAGUACAUCAUAGCCAUUAAUCCUGUACUUUGUCUGUCAUCACACUAUAAAAUCGUACGAUUUCCAACACAUGUCCUUUUCACUGCCAGCUAUCCUCUAACUUGUUAAGAAAACAGUCUCUCCGUGCCCCAGUGCUUCUAGGCAGCUUCCUGUGUGUCCUGGGAUCAACACUGAAAACUUUUAUGACACACAUGUUUUCAGUAGCGUUAUCACACUGUAGUUCAUUAUGUUUUCUAAACUUAACAGACCAUUACUAAAUAGUACUAACCUGGUUGAUUAGAGGCAUAACGUAUUGUGGGAGCAAGGACACUCCCCCUCUAGUGUCAUCCAUCGUCUACUCAUGUUCACUGAUCGCUGUUGGCUGACUGUGCAGAGAGGCUGUUUGCAUGCCAAUCAACAGGCAGAGACAAAACAUUACCAUGUGACCAAGGUUUUCAACCUACCAGUUGGCUGUCAAAGGGAAGUUGCGAAGCAGAAUCAGCUCCGAUCGACAAGUUUCAGGCAUGACCCAGUGAAUACGAAGAGCUGUCACCCCACAGGCUUGAGUGACCAGAGUUUGCAGAAACAGCACCUUCUUCCAUCAAGUACCAUACUCUGCUGUGGCCUAGCUACACAGAGCAGGUCGUUAAACAGGCUAAUGAGAGCAUCAGCAGGUUAAGUUUGAUGACAAAUUGCUGAUACAUUUGAUGUAGAAGUGCACAAACAAGAUGCACUCGUUGCUCUCAGAGCUCCCUUCCACUGAUGAUGAUGAUUACUACAAGCUUGUAAUAUCAAGUGUCCAAGUUUAAAGAUACGGGAGUAGCUAACAGAGAAAUGAUCGAGGUUGGCUCAUACAUCAACUGGUUUACGUCAGGAUUGCGCCACUUCUUACAACAUCUUCAUCAGAACUAUGACAUGCUAGGAGAUAUGCUCAUUAAUAUGAUAUUUGGUGAAGUAAGCUUUGUCCACAGUGCUUUGAAGAGCAUUAUGAAGAUGCAAGAUAUUCUAUCUGCCCAAAUGUGGAUGAUGCUGAUACCACAGGGGAACAUCUCCUUGCAAUGGACUGUACAUGUAUAUAAGAGCCUACCAAGAAGUCUGUCUCAUCAUUUCGCCGGUCUUCUUCAACCAGGAACUUCCAAGGUGGUAGAAGAAGUUUGACAGGAUACAGCGGAAAGAUUACAGGUUUCAAACAUCAACCUUGCUACAAAGGCACAUAAGCAACCAACAAGUUGUCAAGGCAACAUUGCGAUCAUUCCAGAGGAGACACUUUACAUUAAGAAGGGUUUCUUUUCUAUCCCCUUCAUGAAAGUAGAGAUCGUCUCACCCCUUCUCUACUCUUGAAAUCAAUAAAGUCAUAGAAGGGGAGGCAGGCCUGUCAAAGCAGCACAAGUUCAAUGAAACUAUAUCGACCUGACUUUGAUUAUAGAUCUCAAUUAUCAACUACUAUCUCUUCUAGACAAGGGAGCAAUUUGUGCACUGAAGUUCUCAGAUAUCCCGACAGGGUUUUAUUCCUGUCUUCCUAGUGCUAAAAAACAAUAUGUCAGACAUGCCUAUGAUAAUAGACUUGAAAGUUCCUCAACAAAGACUACCUCGUUUGUCUGCCCAAGUUCAGUAAUGAAGGUAAGAACCACUCUCAGAAUGGAAGACUGGUUAAUCACCUUCAGGACUCAUAUCUUCAUAUACCCAUUCAUCUGUGUUGCUUAAAGUAUCAUUGUUUCACAGUCAACACACAGAGGUACGAGUCUCAAAUUCUCCAAUUUGGUAGCACCAUGGUUCACAAGGAUAACUACCCCAAGUGGAAAUGCUAUGAUCAUAUCUUCUGGGGAGUACGCGAUCUGAUCUAAAUGGGUUCUGAUGGUUGGUGUAAAGGGAUGGUGGCACCAAGUCGUUAAAGAGGUCUGGGGUCAAAUUCAAAAUAUGUCACUAAAAUGCAUUAAAACCAUCUCUGUUGGCCAGACAUGCAUGAAAUGUUGGAGGCGUGCUCCUGAUGAGUCGACCAAUGUCAGCUUUACUCAUGUUGUUCCACCCAUCAGUGGAUUUUGAUGUUGACAUACACGUCUGCCAAUGACAUCCCAGAUGUGUUCAAUGGAGAAAGGUCAGGACUGAGUGCUGGCCAUGGAAUAACCUUUAUGUUUUGCUGUAGGAAGAACUGGGUCACAAUCCUGACACAAUGAGCAUGUGCAUUAUGAUCUUGAAAGUCAUUGUGAUACCACCCCACACCAUAAUGGACCCGCCCCCAAAACCAUAAUGCUGUAUAAUGUUAACGUCCAUAAAAUGCUCAUUUGGUCGUCUCUAAACUAAAUUCCUUUGGUCAUGGAACCUUGAUUUGUCAGAAUAUAUGACAUAAACCCAACAUUGAUUAUCCAGUACUGACGUACCCUACAUUUCUGACGCCUCUGAUUCAAAUGAUGUGCAGUAAGUUGUGGGAUGACACAUGGACUUUUCAUCUCCUGCAAAAUGUAUUCAGACAGAAGGCCUUCAUGAUGCCCACAAUAUUUAGGAUGACUGAAGACCACUAUAUCUGACAGCUACCGCCAUGCACAGCUCUCCAUGCCAGUCUUUGGUAACUGAGAUAAGAGAUAAGAGCCUCAUCAACCAAUUUACUGUUGUGAAAAUUGGUCUCAGUUGAACAAGCCAUUCACAAAUCUUUACUUGCAUGAUAUUCAACCAGAUCUUGAAGGGCUAUAUUCCCUGUGGCCUUUUGUGGCUGCUCAGGUGACAGUUUGAUAGUAGCUCAGAUCACCUUUCUUUCUGAGAAAAAAGUAGCGGGUGGGGUGGAGUGUUUGGGUUUUGGGCGUGCCGGAGAAUCCAGCAACUACAAGCUUGGCUGGUAGGUUAGCCUUUUGAUCAUUUGUCAGCUUGUAGUGGGACAGAUCAUAGGUUAACAGCAGGACUCACAUUAGAAGCCCUGGAGGUGAUCUACGGUCCAUUAGAAGUGAUGGCAGUACUAAGCGUUGUCAUGGCCAGAUGUGACUGCAACUUAACCGGAAGUGACAUCAUAAAAAGGAAGUGAUGUCAGGAAACCAGAAGUGACAUCAUAGGAACCUGAGGAGAUCAUCCACAGAAAUGGAGGUGAUGUCAUUUGACCCAGAAGAGAUGUCAUAUCAGGAGAGGUGACGUAAUAGAAGUGGCAUUAAAACAGUAUUGUCAGUGGAAGUAUCAGAUAUUGUGCAUUUUCCCAAUGUUUCUAUAUAGAGAAUACUACACUCAUUCUCAUUAGAUACCAUUUUUACGAAACAAGGAGACUUUCUAUGGUAUCUAACCAAGCUAAAGUGAGGUCAGAUACCACUGAAAGUUCACAAGUUUCAUAAAAAGGGUAUCUAACGAGAAUGAGUGUGGUAUUUUAUUUAUUACCCGUGUUAAAUAUAUAUUUAAGUGUAAAUACAUAACAAUUUUCAUUCGUUGACUGAAACUGAUACAGACUGAAACCGGUUGCAAAAUCUGGUUGCGCAUGAAUAUUGAUAUAUGCUCAUAUAUGGGCAUUGUUGACAUUUCUAUGUAUACGCAUUAACAACAUGCACCUGCAGUUGUGUUGGCAAAUAUAACAGCACUGAUGCUCAAGAUCCUUUUGGAAGAAUUUCUUCAACUUAUGGUAAUUCAAGCGCCAUGUUGUUAGUACGCAGGACACCUAUAAGAAAAUUUGAAAAGUACCAUUAGCGUUGCGCUUUGAAUAUUGGACCAACAUUCAAUCACUCGAACUGCAGGGGUGCCGUCUGUGCAUUCAAAAUGGUUCGGUUUCCUUGAUCUAUCAGCUAAAUAUAUAUUAUGUCCCUUCCAUUUUGGAAGAGGGAAAUGAGAGUGUUCGCCAAAGACAUUCAUGUUAACCUUACCACCCUACACUGAAGACGUGAAAAAUCAACUAACUCAAGUCUGCUUGCAUGUCAGUGACAGCAUCGAGCGAAGGGCAAAGUCACCACGGGAAUAAGAAAAGACAACAGUGAUCUACUCACAGCGUUUUACACUAGUGAUAGGGAAUGUUAUCAUUCACAUUUGGGAUAUUUUGGGCCACAUUAUGAGAAAUCAGUCACACUUCUGUGGAAUUUUAAAAUGAUUUGUAUCGGAAAUGUUCAGUUUGAGUGAUCUGGUCGUGUAGUCGUAAACAAACAACGCCCGAAACAGUGCCACAAAAUACGCUCUGAAUGGGACAGAUGGCACAACUGUAGCAUCAAACGUAGGUCUAGAUAUCUGUCCAGAUGGUUUGAACUGACUUCAUAUCACCAUGCUUAUCCUUUUAUGUUAAAUCAAAAUGAAAGUGGUCGGGCGCGUCUCGCUCAUGAGGACUCCCGAUCUAUUGAUUGGUAGUCGUAUCAUGUACAAUGUAAAUGGAUAUAGAUCGAUUUUAUAAUGUCUGUAGAAGCUCUAUGCAUAACUUAUAUGGAAUGUAAACCAAAUUUGAUGCAUGUGACUAUCUUGUUGGGUUUUAUAAAGUGUUUGUAAAUACCUCUCGCUCUCAUGAGAUUGCUUCAUUUCUGCCUUGUUGUUGCAAAAUGAAUGAUGUCUCACGAUUUUUUGUGAAUGAAUAAAGUAGUCCCGGUAUGACAGAGGACACGGUUAUCCAAUCAAAAUGAAUAACACAAGGUCAACCUUGUACGACACACAUGUGACGUAGGGAUUUAGUAUCUUACCACCUGUAUCUUCACCACGUGGGUAAUAAGUGUUGAUAUCUCACUGCUAUCUAGGAUAGCUCUACCGAUCCCUCUUGUGUAUACUGGCUAACAUGUAAUAGAGGUAGGGUAUUCGAAGGAAUAUAUUUUAACAAUAGUUAUUAUUGUGAAUAAUUCUAAGAAUACUACCUCCAUUACAUCAGGAGUAGUCCCGCCCACCUCCCCAAAAUAUCGGCAUUUAGAUUGAUGUUGGUUAUUGGAAAGAAGUCACGAUUUCCCAGCUGCGCAGAAGAACUGGGUCACGGAGAGAUGCUUUGCCUAACAAGUUUGAGGUUAGUUGACAGUGAAGAGAACAUCUGUUGAAAAUCUUAAGAUUUUAUAGUGUGAUGACACCAAAAUACAGGAUUUUUGGCUAUAAUGUAAUAGACGGAGUAAUUAUUCACAGUAUUGUUUGAUGUUUUGGAUGCAAAUAAAAUGUGUAAUGUC